AUGGGCGUGCAGGGGCUCACGGGCUUUGUGGAGGAGCGCGGCGUGUUCUUCACCGAGCUGCGGGUGCGGGACACCAAGCUGGUCAUCGACGGCAGCAGCCUGUACCACCGCCUCUGCUUCGCCCCCGACGCCGACUUCCGACGCGGCGGCGACUACGGCGCCUUCGACGCGGCCGUGCGCGACUUCUUCGGCGUCCUGCGGGCCUGCGGCGUCGCGCCCUUCGUGGUGCUGGACGGCGGUCGCGGCGCCGAGGACAGGAAGCUGGCCACGCUGCGGGGCCGCGCCGCCGAGCAGCUGCGGGCGGCCCACGGGCUGUCCCGCGGCGCGGGCGGCUGCCUGGCGCCGCUGCUGACCCGCGAGGCCUUCGUGCAGGCGCUGGGCCGGCUCGGCGUGCCCUUCGUGCAGUGCUUCGCCGAGGCCGACCGGGAGAUCGCCGGGCUGGCCAACCGCUGGGGCUGCCCCGUGCUCUCCCUCGACAGCGACUUCUUCGUGUUCGACCUGGCGGGCGGCUACUGCCCGCUGUCCCACUUCCAGUGGCAGAGCGUGCGCAUCCCCGCCGCCGCCGCGCCGCAGGGAUGCUUCGUGCCCGCGCGCUGCUUCUCCGCCGAGCGGUUCUGCGGGCACUUCGGGAGCCUGAGCAAGGCGCUGCUCCCGCUCUUCGCCGUCAUGCACGGCAACGACUUCGUGGGCCUGGAAGCGCUAGAGGCGUUCUUCAGCAAGGUGCGCCUACCGAGGGGCUGCGCGGCGGGCAGGGGCGGGAAGCACCUCCGCCUCCAGGGGCUGCUGAACUGGCUGGCGCAGUUUGCGGAGCCCGCCGAGGCCGUCGACAACGUGCUGAAAUACCUCAAGAAACACCAGAGGGAAGAAAUACGGGAGCUUCUGUGCACUUCGAUGGAGGACUAUGCUCCGUCCGACGUGAAUCUCGAGGACUUCUUUCAGAAUGGGAGCUAUGAGUGCGAGGCUGCCAGGAAAGAAGACGUACCACAGUGGGUACUUGAUGCUUUUGCGAAAGGUAAGCUGGCCCCGUUCGUCAUCAAUGCCCUGAUACUUAGAAGUACCUUCCUCCGCGUUCAGGUGGAGAACAUGCAGAGACCCAGUGCUCAUAGCACGGCUUUGCCCAUCCGACAAGUUAUCUAUGGACUGCUUCUGAGAGUAUAUCACAGUUCUGAAGAUGCCUCUCCAAGUAAGCAGACCAACGAGCUGCCCGUUGUAUAUGAAUUUGACAGAUGCCAAAAGACACUUAAAAAAACAUUUGUUCAAGCAGCAAGCCUACCCCCAGAUUUUUGUGAUGAUCGUUUUCCUUUGGACAAGUUAAUGGAGGUGCCUGUUUCAUCCCGUCAGAUGCUUUUGCUGGAGACUCUGGGAGUGAAAAUGAGUUCCCUAGAACCUAUCCCAAGUCAUUUACAACUCCCUGUUGCUGUAACCUGUUACUGGAUACGUUGUUCAGAACCAAAAGUUAAGCUGAACCAAUUAAAGGCUCUGCUUCUAAUAAUAGUUUCUGGAGAACUGCAGAGGAUAACUGAUGAUCCAGAUCCCACAGUUCUACCUGCUGAAGAUGACAGCGUUGCGUAUAACAAAUUUCUAAAAUGGAAGGAAAAACACUUGCAAAAUAACGAUUUUGAUUUAGAUGCUGCACACAGUUUUUGCCAAUGGCAGUGCUGUCUUCAGAUGGGAUUGUAUCUCAACCAGCUACUGGGUACUCCUCUCUCUGAACCAGACCUAAGUAGGCUUUACACAGGGACCCUUGUGCACAGACUGUAUCAAGAGCUUAAAUCAGCACCUUCAGUGGAAAAUCUGUUUCUCUUAUCUCCAAAAAUGGCUCAGCUUUAUCUGGUUUUGUUAAAUACAGUGGAGUCAAUGGUCUCUCCAGACUUCUUUCAGAAGACCAAGACCAGAUCAGAGUCCUGCAAAAAGAGGAAAGCAUCUCAUAAGAAAAAAACAGCCACCCGACGUGCAGUGCCAGAAACUCAGCAUUUAUGCAAUGUUAACAGGUUUGCAGCACUGGAAGUGGAUGACUGAAAGCAUUAUUCUUGGAAUAACUUCUAAUGCCAUGCUGAUGAAAGAAGUAACAUUAAAAUAUGUGACUGCAUUGGAAUUUGCUCAACUGUUUUCACACAAGUUUUUGAUUCAAUCUUUACCAAAAACCUUGCCUCAGGGGAUUUUUAUUUACCUUUUUGUAACUUGCAUUUUGUAGCUUUACAUUUUGUAAUUUACAUUUGUAUAAAAGAAAUGCUGU